UGUCCAGUUUCCGGUGUGGUGACGCUGCUGGAAUUCGGUUGACAUCGCCAUUUAUCUAGUGAGCGCUGGGAGCGAGAGUACGGUGUGAAGGUGUCUCUGCUUUCAGAGCUUCAAAGGCUCUGGCGUUACUCCUGAAAUUCGGGUUAUUGUUCGGUAUACCUGGUCAGUUUUCUUCUUUUCACUGGAAAAAUGAGUGUUGCUGUGAAGCCAGCUCAUUUGGUUUUCCCUGAGAAAACAACAUGUGAAGACAGUAAUGGAAGUCUCGCAGAUCCGGAAGACAGCGCAGAAAUUGAGAGAACAUUCAGCAAACUGAGACCAGGUGGAAAAUAUUUGCAACUGGUAUCAGACAAAGUGAAUCUUCAUAGAGGAAAGGCUGUGAAAUUGCCAAUGGACGUUCCACUAAUAAUUGGGGGUCUGGAUGAUACUGUUUACUGGGGAAGGCCUGACCUGCUUAAAUGUUGGGAAGAUCUCUAUUUGCCCCAGAGAAUGGAUAUGGUGGUCUUGGGCAUGAUUGAAAGUUAUCCAUGCCUGGCACCAGGGCUUCAGCUUGUCAUCCUCGCUGGAAAGGAUGGUUCAGUAUUUGCCUAUGAAGAAGAAAUGUUGCACAAAAUUGCCAGUGAUUUGGAAGAGCUCUUCUGCAAAGGUCCAGUAUUUCCUGGAACUGAAAUCUAUGAAUAUGGCAGGGGUUUCAGGCCAAAGAAUAACGAAGAAUAUAUGGCAGCCCUCAAAGAAGCUGGGUUGGAAAAGAUCUCCCAAGAUACAAGGAACUUCAUCAGCAGAAAUGCAUCUGAAAUGAAGAAGCUGGUUGAUGACUUGGAUUUCCUGUGAUAUUUUGGGCCCCAGUCAGUGAUUGGAACAGUGUUACUUGGACAGUGAGGCUUGUGCGCACUAUUUGGCACCUUUUUUAGGACAUUGGAAGCAUUUAAAUACCUUUUCUUGGAAACGCUUCAGUUUUAUGGACAGUAACACCUUGAUUGGUAUUGACCAUGUCCUUGCAACUUGUCAACAUUAAACGUAAUUUUCCUCCAUGGGUCAUAAAUGAUUCAGACCAUUUGUUGCAACGUUUCAUUUCACAGGCUGUGUCUAUGAUGAAACAGCAUGCUGUUGGUGUUUUGUGAAUUGAAUGGGAAUGCUGUUCGUAAGAGCCUUUUUCCUAUAAACUUUAGUUGCAGUUGAUAUCGUGGAUGUGAGUUUGCCCGCUGAGCUGGAAGGUUAGUUUUCAGAGGUUUCGUCACCAUUCUAGGUAACAUCAUUGACAUCACCAACCCAAGGAAACCUAAACAGAUAAAAAGCAGGACAGAAUACCAGCGCUUCAUCGAGGCUCACUGAUGAUGUUACCUAGAAUGGUGAUGAAAACAUCUGAAAUCUAACCUUCCAGCUCAGCGAGCAAACUCACAUCCAGAAACUCAACCUGAGCUACAAAUCUUCUCAAAACUCGCUAAGUUGAUAUUAUUCUGCAGCUAUUUGCACUUAAUUGACUUGCUAUAUUGUGCUGAGGUUGGUUUGACCUUUUUUUUUAAUUUCCUGUCCUAAGCCAGCCUGGAAGUAUCAAUAUUUAUGUAUUGGUACCUUUCCUUACAGUCCUAAUGUAUGUCGAUAAUAUACAGUGGUGUUCUCCAAUAGCUUUUUUUAACUUGCAUCCAUUUAAGAAUAGCAGAUAAAAUUGAAAUGAGCAUCUGUAGAUCCCCUCAACUUGACUAGUGCAUGCACAUGUCCUCACUGUGUUGCACAGUUGUGAUCUGUCAUGUCUACUUUAAUUGUGUAGUAAAUACAUGCUUUUAUUUUCUUUUUAAAAAAACACCCCUGGAGUGACUGACUGUAAUAAACAACAUUGCCUACCA